AUGACACUGAUGUGUUAUUUGCUCGCUGCUCUGAGUGCGGAUGUGGAAACAAUUCGUCAGCCUGGGAGCAUCGUUAUGCUUUGCCUGAGCACAAUUGCUUUUCUCGCCUUCGUCGGUUGGGUUCGUCGUCAGGUUGAAGCCAAGAAGCCAGCUCUGAUCCCAAACUCCCUUUGGAAGAAUGCGACCUUUUCUAGUAUUUGUGUCACCAUUGCCCUAUCAUUUGCUGUCCUGAAUUCCAUGGAAUUGUUCUGCAGCUUGUUCUUUCAAGAGAUCCAGCAUCUACCAGCUCUUCAAGCGUCCAUUCGGAUCUUGCCCUGCACACUAGUUGCUGCACUUGUCAAUAUCGUCGUGGGUCUUUUCGUCCACAAGAUUCCUGCUAUUUGGAUCGUCACUGUCACGUCGAUACUUUGUGCUGGCUCUCCUCUACUGAUGGCUGUUAUCGAUCCCUCUUGGCCUUAUUGGGGUAACGCGUUUGUGGCACAGAUAUUGCAACCUGUUAGUUGUGAUGCACUUUUUACGGUCGCAUUGAUCAUCAUUACCGACGUCUUCCCUGAAGAUACACAGGCUCUUGCUGGGGCAGUGUUCAACACAGCCGCACAGUUCGGAAGCGCGCUGGGUCUGGCUAUCCUUCAGGCGAUAUCCACACAGGUGACAAAGGACUCAAACAGCACGGACAAAGUGGUUGCCCUCAUGCAGGGGUAUAGGGCCAGCUUCUGGACGAUGUUUGGCAUGAUGCUACUAUGUACGAUUGUUGGACUACUGGGAUUGAGGAAAGCGGGACGAAUCGGCCUCAAACGAGACUAA